AGCCUCGACGGGGCGGUCCCGGGGCGGAGCGGGGCCGCAGCCAUGGGGGUGUCGGGGUCGUGGGCGCUGCGGGUCGGGCUGGCUUUGGGGGCUUUGGCCUUGUUGUUGCAGGGUCUGCGGGGCUGGCUGGCCUGCAAGAGGUACGAGUUCCAGCCCGCUGAGAUCGCCCAGCUCGCCCGGCACCACGCGGGGCUGGACCAUGAGCUGGCGUUCUCCAAGAUCAUCGUGGAGCUGCGGAAGAAGCACCCGGGCCACAUCCUGCCCGACGAGGACCUGCAGUGGGUGUUCGUGAACGCGGGCGGCUGGAUGGGCUCCAUGUGCCUGCUGCACGCCUCCCUCACCGAGUACGUGCUGCUCUUCGGGACGGCCGUCGACACCGGGGGACACUCGGGUCGGUACUGGGCGGAUAUCUCCGACACCGUCAUUUCGGGCACCUUCCGGCAGUGGAAGGAGGGGACCACCAGGAGUGAGAUCUACUAUCCCGGGGACACCAUCGUGCACCAGGCGGGAGAGGCCACGUCGGUGCAGUGGAGCGCGGGCACCUGGAUGGUGGAGUACGGCCGGGGCUUCAUCCCCUCCACGCUCGCCUUCGCCCUGGCUGACACCCUCUUCAGCACUCAGGACUUCCUCACCCUCUUCUACACCCUGCGCGUCUACGCCAAGGGCCUGCUCCUGGAAGCCAGCGCCUUCAUCAGCACCUUGGGGUGCUGAGCCCGGCCGGCUGGGCUUCCCCGCCAGCCUUCCUCCCCACUCCUCCUCCUCCUCCUCCUCCUCCUCUUCCUCCUCCUCUUCCUCCUCCUUUCCAGGCCACAGGUCCCAAAACCUGGGGAUGAGGAUGCUGGUGCAAGCCGGGCUGCCCUGUGUCCCUCGGGGCAGGGUGCACAGGGAAAGCCGGCCCCAAACAGCCUCGGCAGAGGUCGGACAGGAGGUUGCUGGUGUCCUGGCUGGGCUGGCGAGCUGCCGUGGCUGCAGUCAGCAGGGAGCACGGCGUCCAGCUGGCAGCUCCUGCCCUGGCUCUCAUCCCCAUGGACAUGGGUUGGCAGCACGUAGUGUCCCCAUGGCACCAGGGGGCUCUGCGCCGGGACCCCCAGGCAGCCAGGGGAUACCCGGCCUCUGCGCUGGAGGUCUGUCCUGGGCUGGCCCCUAGCCCCUUUGUGUCAUCUUCCCCGGGGAUAUGGGGGCUGGAGGAGGGUCCCUUUCCCACCCACCCCCCGCUGUCCCCCCAGGGGGGACAGCCACCGUCUGUCGCCUUAACCGAGCGUGGCCUCCAGGCUGUGCACGUACCUAGUGUCUGCGGGUGCCCGAACCCCCAAAUCAGCUCAGGAUGGGACUUUGCCCCUCAAAAUGCUUCCCCUGCCCGAGGCCCAUCGGGUUCCCUGGCCGAGCUGGGGUACGGACCCCGCUCACAGCCCCGUGCCUGACGCCGGACCCGCGCGGGCUCACUGCUCGGUGGAGGGCUUUCACCUCCGUGCUGUUGCCAAAAUUACGUGCGUGUGUGCGUGUGUGAGUGUGUCCUGGCCACUGGGCCUGUAGCAUGUUCCUCCUCCCACUCCCCAUAGUGCCCUCGUCCUGCCGACCAGCAGCCCCACACGCGGGCUACGUCUUAAUUUGCUACCCGAAAAGAGAUGUCAGUAAUAAACGUCUUCAUCCCACCUGC